AUGUUAGUGGAAACUCCUAACAGGGAUAACUCCCAGUUGUUGGCAAGCUUAGUAGAUACUGUAGCCAUUUUAGCACAUACCCAAACUAACUUGUCUCUGGUCAGGAAAGAACAAAUAAAGCCUGCCCUUAAAAAGGAAUACUCGGCAAUAUGUUCACUGGAAGACCAGCCAAACAGUAAACUGCUGUUUGGAAAUGAUUUGGCAAAAAAUUUAAAGGAUGCCAAAGAGGCUAGUUCCCUCAGUUCUUCUAUGAAAAGUUAUCCCCCCAAGCAGUACAAUUACUCUGCAAACAAAAAACCUGCCUUGAAAAAUAAGCAGGAUUUUUGGCAGGGCCAGCGCAAGAACAAUCAAAAGAAAAAACCCUGGAGGGGAGACGAGAGAAGAAGUGACAGAACUUCUCAAACAAAUCCGAAACUCGGUAAGUGAAUUUGAAAAAUAUAUACCUGUUAUUCUGACAUAUUUACAGAAUUUAUGCACUAGCUUUAAGGCUGGUCGAGUGGCUGAGCAUUUUACAGCCUGGACUAAAAUAACUCAGGACAGCGAAAUUUUAUCAAAUAUAACAGGCGUUGUAAUUGAAUGCACUGAGACACCUGUGCAACUUAACCUACCAGGUCAAAAGUUUCACCCACAUGAAUACCAAAUACUUGAUGCAGAAAUAUCAAAGUUAGUUGGUAAAGGGGUAGUAAACAAAGUACAACCUGAAACAACACAAUUUAUUUCUAGCAUAUUUUUGAGACCAAAACCUGAUGGGUCACACCGUCUCAUUCUAAAUUUGAAAAAGUUUAACGAAACAGUAGUAUAUCAUCAUUUUAAGAUGGAUUCUAUUUAUGAUAUAACUAAACUAGCUAGUUACAAAGGACUGCUUUAUGGCAUCUUUGGAUUUAAAGGAUGCAUAUUACUCAAUACCCAUCAAAGCAUCAGACCGAAAAUAUUUACGUUUCAUCUGGAAAGAAGAAAUUUACCAGUUUACAUGUUUGCCCAAUGGGCUUUCAUGUGCACCUAG